UAUCUUUUCAUUUUCUGGGUUUGGUGAUUACCCGGAAUUAUCCAUCAACUCAUUGACAACUGCGGCUUCCUUAUCGCUGGGACGACUCCGAAGGCGAUUUAUUGGUUCUGCUCGGCUCAAUGAUAAAUGAUAAAGUCGAAGACGACCCAAGUCCUCGGUCAGUCUAGUUUCGUUCACUUGACAAUUGUCUACACCUCGAGUGCGCUCGUCAGGAUUUCCUGGGAGACUUUCGACAUAGGCUGAGCCAAGACAGUCAACAUGGCACCCUUAGCCAGAUUAAUUUCAAGAUCGAUCAAGCCUCGCAGAGAGGCGAAAACGCUGCGAGUGCAAUUUUCAAGAGGCCUUACAUCCCAAGAAGUAUUUUCCCGAGAGGACAAGUACGGCGCCCAUAAUUAUCACCCAUUGCCAGUGGCAAUUAACAAGGCCGAGGGAGUAUUCAUGUGGGACGUCGAAGGCAAAAGAUACUACGACUUUCUCAGCGCUUAUUCUGCCGUCAAUCAGGGUCAUUGCCAUCCGAGGAUCUACAAAGCAUUGGUGAACCAAGCCAAGAACCUCACGUUGACUUCGCGAGCGUUUUACUCUGACGCUCUGGGAGAGUUCGAGGAAUUUAUCACGAAGCUGUUCGGAUACGACAAAUGGCUGCCAAUGAACACGGGAGUCGAAGGCGGGGAGACGGCCUGCAAGUUGGCUCGAAAAUGGGGCUACACUAGCAAGGGAAUUCCCGACAAUAAGGCGAAGAUCGUCUUCGCGGAGGGGAACUUCUGGGGAAGGACCAUGAGUGCGGUGUCCUCGAGUACCGAUCCGUCCAGUUAUUCCGGCUUCGGUCCUUUCAUGCCAGGAUUCGAAUUAAUUCCCUACGACGAUCUUCCUGCUUUGGAUAAAAUUUUGGCGGAUCCACAUGUGUGUGCCUUCAUGGUAGAGCCUAUUCAAGGAGAGGCUGGAGUCGUCGUGCCUCAGGAAGGGUACCUGAAAGGGGUCCGGGAUCUCUGCACGAAGCACAACGUUCUCUGGAUAGCGGAUGAGGUCCAGACCGGUCUUUGCAGAACCGGGAAACGUCUGGCCGUAGAUCACGAAGGCGUGCGACCGGAUAUCCUGAUCUUGGGAAAGGCUUUAUCGGGUGGUUUCUUUCCCGUGUCAGGGAUAUUGGCCGACGACCCGGUCAUGCUUUGCAUUAAGCCCGGAGAGCAUGGCUCCACGUAUGGAGGGAAUCCUCUUGGAUGUAGAGUCGCCAUGGAGGCGCUGAAAGUUCUCGAGGAGGAGAAGCUUGCGGAAAAUGCCGAGAAGCUCGGCAAGAUCCUUCGAGAUGAAUUGAAUAAGUUGCCGAGAGACGUGGUAACUCUGGCUCGUGGGAAAGGUCUUCUUAACGCGAUCGUGAUCAACAAGGAGAUAGAUGCCAUGGAUAUAUGCUUGAAAUUGAGAGACGAAGGCUUGCUGGCCAAGCCUACGCAUGGACACAUCAUCAGACUUGCUCCUCCGCUGGUAAUCACCGAACCGCAGAUUAAAGAAUGCACCGACAUCAUAUCCAAAGUCAUCCUAAACAAUUAAAAAAAGAAUUAAUUAAUGACGCCGGCUCAUUUUAAUAUUGUAUCAUUUCAUUCUUUCCACGUCUGACUGGAGUUCUGGAGACAAUAAAUAUUUUUCUACGUUCACGUUUCA